CGAACCCGUAUCAUAAAAGCUUGUCCUAACGUUGAGAGUGUCGAAAUCGAGUUGUCCGAUCAGGAGAGUAAAGAUCUGGGGCUUCGCAACGCUAAACGCUCAGAGGAGACAGAAUUUGCGAAUAGUUUGACUGCUCUGCCCGAGGGAAUGCGAAUACUCAAGAUGAACUAUCCAGGAGUUGUCCCAGCAAAUCAACUGUUUAGUUCCCCCGCUAUUCCCUUGAUCAUCGGCAAAGACCUUUUGAGUCUUCGUUUGAACACGAUAUCCAGACAGUUACAGUUUCUCGAGAUCAGAGCUGUGUUAAGUGACGACAUCUUCGACAUGACUGACUCUGCAACCUCAUGGCCUCGAUUACAAACGCUAUACAUCGAUCUCGACCCUUGUACCCCUUCCGGCGACUGGGUGUUAGGACCGGAUUUAGAAGCCAGCGAUGUCGAGCCCGACUAUGAACACGCAUAUGAAGACGAAGUAUCCAUGGGAGGGUAUAAGAACGAGACUCAAUGGCCCGCGAGAAUGCAUUUUCCGCGUCGCUCAUUCAGGACAGCUGUCAACCGCGAUAUCCUUGAUGAUAUAAAUCUGGCCGUUGUGCAGGCGCUGAUCAGGAUGCCAAAUCUGCGCGAUCUCGGAAUCAAUGUUGGCAAUGCGGAGGCAGAGACGGGAUGCAUCUGUCAACUCAUAAAGUGGUCUGGCAUAGUCGGUCUACUACCAUGUACGAGGCCUCAUCUCGACGUGCUUAGAGCGUGGAAACAAAUUGUUGAAAAGAGAACCGGGGAGCUCCAGAUCCAGGUUCUUGGAUAUGAGCACACAUCAUUGAGCUUUGCAUUGUAG